AUGGUGAAAAGCGCAAGCAGAAACAAUGACACGGAAGUCGAUAACUUCUCAGUCAACAUAAACAACAGCAAUGAUUUUAACAGAGUGCUGAACGAAAUUAAGUUAAAAGAAUUUCAUCAUGAGAAGUCAAAAAGGGGAAAGCGCACGAAAAGUAAGGUAAAGCUAAAAAAUGGCAGCGAUGUUGAAAAUGGCGCAGUAAUCUUAAACUCGCAGUUAGACAAAGGCACAAAGAGCAGAAGGAUUCUUAGCAAAAAUAAGGAGAAAGAAAAAUUGCUGCAAAAUGACGUAAGCGAAAUGAACGCGCAGAGCAACAAUUUGUACGACACGCCCGUCUUCCCGCAAAUCACCUCCCUAAUUCUCUACCAUGAAAAAGAAAACAAUAACUCGGAAUCCUCCAGCAGCAUCAAACAUGCAAUAAACGAAAAAAUAAAAAGGCACAACUCCAACCAUAAAAUCGAGAAACAUACCAUAUAUGAUAUCUACGCAAAGACGUUAAAAAAAUUAUCAAUUGAGGACGAAAGUGAUGUCUUAAAGGAAAGUGAUGAAGGCAACUUUUAUUUUAGUAUGAACAAAAUUUCAGACAAGGGAAAAAGCAAUAUGAACUUUUCAAACUCGAACUUUUCAAAUAACACCUCAGAUGUAUCCUCAUCUAAUUUGAUUCCCACGUACCAAACUGGAGGCAGUAACGUUGGCAAAAAAAUGAACCACCAAAAUGGGAAGGACACUAAAUUGACGGAAAUAAAACAUAUCGAUAGGAAUGCACAGACGAAACAGCAGCGUCACCACAGUAAGGAGAAAAAGACGCACAAGGACCUAGAACAGAUUCCAGGAAGUGACUCAAAUUUUUACUACGAUGAGAAAACGUUUAACGUUUCGCACCUGAAGAAGGAACGUCGCAGGUGCAAAAGUGGUGGUAAUUCCUCCGAUGAGAAGCAAAGCAUAAAGGGAAUGGUAAAGGGAAAAAGGGUGAGCAGUACAGAAGGGGGCAGAGAAUCAGAUAAAUAUAAAUAUGGGAGGGAUACAAAUGGAGGUACAUACAAAAGUGAACAGAAAUGCAAAUCGAAAUGUGUAAGCGUAAGUGUAGAUCUGGAUGAACAACCCUACGCGCGUGAUGCAAAGAUGCCUGCAGACAUCCUCAACACGAACGAAUAUCUUACGCAGAAGGAACGUGAUUAUUUUAACGAAUCCAACUCUUUGUCCAUUGAAAAUUUACACGAAAAUGGAAAAGAAAAAAUGCAGGACGAAAUGGGAAAUGAAAAAUGUAAGGUAGCGAACACUAAAGGGAAAGAUCAAGUCAUAAGUACCUAUGAUGGUGACGCGUAUGACGUAGAGGGAUCAAUCAAGACGGCACUAAAAGAUAUACCCGAAAUUAAUACGUACCAUUCACUAAACAGUCUAUUACACCAAAAGAAAAAAUAUAUAAACGGAAAACGAAAUGAGAAUUACGCAACAUCAGAAAUAACCACAACAGAUUCUGAAUACUCGAUAGAUGAAAAACUGAAUAUAAAUAUGUCAUAUGAAGAUUUUAAAAAUAAGAAGGAAAGUGAAAUGCUGUCUGUUGUGCAGGUCAGCAAAAGUAAAGAGAAGUUACUAAAAGUAGUAAAUAGUGAGCACAUUUUAAAUAUUAGGAAGCUGCUAAGAAUAAUGCGCGAAUUUUAUAUAGGAUUUAUUGGUCUACAAUUAAUUUAUUUUAUAACGUAUCUUCUCUUUGGUAAUAAUAGCGUCUACUUAAUUCAAAUUGUUUCCAUAUCUUGCACCUUCUUUUCGUUGUUGGAUGCCAAUUACCACGGGUACUUAUUAAAUGGCUUUAUUGACCUUUGUGUUGCAAUUUUUUUAAAUAUAGCUAUUUUAGAAGAUAUUUCCGGUUUUAAAAGCUUAAAAUCUAAUGAUGUGUUGAAAAAUAUAACCCUGUCGAAUGUCGUUUUCCUGUACUUCUUUUCUGCGUUUUCUUUUUUGAAUGGCUAUUUUAUACAUAAAUUGCAUUCCAUGGAGAGAAGAAAUAUAAAGCAUGUAAUACGGAGCAUCGAGUCGAAAGCGGAGCAGGCUGUUAGAAGCGCCACGUUGGAUACCUCACCUUCCAAAAGUGUUCAUUAG